CAGCCCGUCAGAGCCGGCGCCGCUGAAGCGGGAGGCGCUGAGCCGGGCUCGCUGGAACGUGGCGGCGCGGCGCUUCCCGCUCUGCUCCGGCUGCGGUGUCUGAGCCGCCGCGGGCGGGGUCGUGGCUGGCCUGGGCCGUGCUUGUGCGGAACUGCCGUUGACUCUGUGUGCUGCACGGGGCACGACGCAGCUAUCCUCCCCCAAGGUCUGGCUCCUGUAGAAAGACUCUCUUCCACAAACAUUUUCCUUUUACUGCAAUGGAGACUGAAAGUCUCAUGACUCUUUAUGAGGAUGACUCUGUAGAAGUGCACUAUACAGAUGGAUCCAGACUGCUUCUUUCCCCCUGUGGCUCUGAAUUCCUGUUUGAAAAGGCACUUCCUGACUCUGCCCAUCCUCUGCAGCCAGCUGAAAGGAUUCGCCAAAGGACUCAGUUUGUUAUUAGUACCUACCGAGAGCAACUCCUACGAGCACUAGAUUUCCGGAACCAGUUUUGUACUUCCUUGUAUUUACCUUCAAGUAUCAUACCUUCUGAAAGGAAAAAUAUUCUUCUCUCUGAUAUCUCAGAAAUCAAUUGGCCGAGCCCCAAUGCUACUGAUGCAGCAGAAUGUAUGGAUAAUGGCAGUGUAACAAUCUCAUCCUUAGAUGGUCAUGCUUAUCUCUGCAUGUCAGAACUGCAACAAGAAUUUACAGUGCAGUUUUUAUGCAAAGUAAGCCAAAAGUAUGCAGUGUCUUCAUCUUUCUCUGAAAAAAACAGCAAUAAUGAAAACAAAGGUCAGCAUGGAAAAUCAAGCCGAAGUUUUAUCUCAGAAAUGUUUCCUAAACAGAUGAGAAUGGAGAAUAAGAAAGAGGAACGUUGCUGGACUGUAAACAAAUACAGGGAACUGGACAAAUCAAAGGACUAUUUAAACCAAAUAAAGGGACAAGAUGAGGCCCCAUUGUCUCUUACAUGCUGUUCAUCUGAAUACAUGUGGGUUAUGCAGCGCUGGUCUGUUUCCUCAUAUCCAGAAGAAUGGAAAUACCCUUUGUCCUUGGCAUUAAUGUUCUGUCAGUUGCACACUGAUAACAUACAUAAAACAUAUGUGAAGAAUAAAUGCACUAGAGAUAGAACUGUGGGAUCUGAUGUUUUAAAGCAAAGUGAAAAAACAAAGGCAGUUUCUCAUCUGCCUAGAGCUUUGCCACUCAGCUGUAGUGCACCACAUCUACACAGAUGGAGUUUCUGUGACUUCUUUCUACAGAGGAAGCAAGACAGUGAACAUAAUUCACACUCUCUACUUAUAAAAAUUGUUUGGUGCCAGGGUAUUGUUUACAGGCUUAUCCAUGAUAUUGAAAACUUUAUAGAAAUUUAUCCUGGAGACGGAUCAGUUUUCAAGUCAGAAGGAGCAUUUUUGGGAAACUAUUUUACACAUUAUUCAGUUCACAAAGAAACAAGACAGAGAGAAGAAAACAUGUAUUCAGCAAACAGUCUGCCUCCGGAUACACCAGAAAGUCCAUACUCCAUCUGUUCCAUUAUUACCCAGGCAACCAGAAUUCUCCAGUACUGUUACAAGACUAAACUUUCAUUAACCCAUAAUUACAGUAUCUGCUGCUGGAGAAUGAUACCAGGGACAGAUGGAAGAGAAAUGCUGCCAGUUCCGUUGCAUGAAACAGUUAUUCCCAAUGUGGGAAGACUUGUUGCAUAUUCAGAUAAUAAAGUCCACGCUCUGUUUUGUGAUGGGAUGACCCUGAAUAUGGUUUGGGAUUUCAGCUCUUGUUGUGGAAGAACACAGAUAAAUCAAGGUGCUACCACAGGAUGGUGUAAAGUAAUCUGUCCUGAUGGGGCACAGCAGCUAAUCCAGAUAAAUCAUCCUGGACUCUAUGAAAGAUACAUUGAAACAGUAGUAGCAUGGUGCAGAAGUUUGAAUGAUGAGGAGGGAGAGACUCUUCCUGCAACUGAGAGAAACUGGUCUGUGGUUGCUGAACUUGAGAAAAUACAUAGAUUUAACUCUUUUGACACGGUCUCCCACAGUAUUCUUGUCAGCAAGUUAAAGAAGUAUGGGCUGGAUGAAUGCACUAUAAGGUGGGUAGAAAGUUGGCAAGAUUGUCGGGCUCAACGGGUAGUGAUCAAUGGCUCCAUGUCUAGUUGGCAGCCGGUGUCAAGUGGAGUGCCCCAGGGGUCGGUCCUGGGGCCGGUUUUGUUCAAUAUCUUCAUAAAUGAUCUGGAGGAUGGUGUGGAUUGCACUCUCAGCAAAUUUUCAGAUGAUACUAAACUAGGAGGAGUGGUAGAUACGCUGGAGGGCAGGGAUAGGAUACAGAGGGACCUAGACAAAUUGGAGGAUUGGGCCAAAAGAAAUCUGAUGAGGUUCAAUAAGGAUAAGUGCAGUGUCAUGCACUUAGGACGGAAGAACCCAAUGCACCGCUACAGACUAGGGACCGAAUGGCUAGGCAGCAGUUCUGCGGAAAAGGACCUAGGGUGACAGUGGACAAGAAGCUGGAUAUGAGUCAGCAGUGUGCCCUUGUUGCCAAGAAGGCCAAUGGCAUUUUGGGAUGUAUAAGUAGGGGCAUAGCGAGCAGAUCGAGGGACGUGAUUGUCCCCCUCUAUUCGACAUUGGUGAGGCCUCAUCUGGAGUACUGUGUCCAGUUUUGGGCCCCGCACUACAAGAAGGAUGUGGAUAAAUUGGAAAGAGUCCAGCGAUGGGCAACAAAAAUGAUUAGGGUACUGGAACACAUGACUUAUGAGGAGAGGCUGAGGGAACUGGGAUUAUUUAGUCUGCAGAAGAAAAGAAUGAGGGGGGAUUUGAUAGCUGCUUUUAACUACCUGAGAGGUGGUUCCAGAGAGGAUGGUUCUAGACUAUUCUCAGUGGUAGAAGAGGACAGGACAAGGAGUAAUGGUCUCAGGUUGCAGUGAGGGAGGUUUAGGUUGGAUAUUAGGAAAAACUUUUUCACUAGGAGGGUGGUGAAACACUGGAAUGCGUUACCUAGGGAGGGGUAGAAUCUCCUUCCUUAGAAGUUUUUAAGGUCAGGCUUGACAGCGCCCUGGCUGGGAUGAUUUAAUUGAGGAUUGGUCCUGCUUUGAGCAGGGGGUUGGACUAGAUGACCUCCUGAGGUCCCUUCCAACCCUGAUAUUCUAUGAUACUUUACAGGAUUAUUCCCUCCAGGAUAUUCUCCGCUGCUUUAACUAGUCUUGUGUUAAAUUACUAAUGAAAAGAAGCUUGUACUACCAAUUAUUUCCAAAACCCACAACACUCCAAUAAUUAAUAAAACACUCUUAACCUGCUUGUUAAUACUGAAAAUUGUUUGUUUUUUUAGCAUUGAUACUUUGGAGCAUAAUGGUGGAGGUGUGUGUAAUCUUCCUGAAAAGGCAUUUGGGAGUCCCUGUCAUGCCCUAUGAAUCAACCUGCAACCAACUUUAGUAUUAGUUUAAUUUCAAGAAAGAAAAAAAAAACCCUUAACUUCGAAAUAUUAAACCUGGUGCUUGAAGUUUUUUUUUUAAACUAAUAGUGCUCAUCUGUAGAUGAUGUAAAGAAACUGGAAAAGAUCCAGAGGUGAGUGACAAAGCUCAAAGAGAGAGAAUGUAAGCCAUAUGACUAAAGGCAGAAGGAACUGGGUAUGUUGAGUUUGAAAAAAAAGGAGAUGAAGAGGGGACAAGAUAUCAGUCUUUAAAUACUUUAAAAGGCUGCCAUAAAUAAGAUGGAGAAAAAUUGUUCACUCUUGUUACAGAAUGCAGGCUCAGAGGCAAUAGGUUCAAACUGCAUCAUAGCAGAUUUAGAUUUUCUGCGUGGACUCCUCCUAACGGUCAAAAUGACAGACUGGACUUCUACAAAGAGUGCUUCCACAGACAUGCACAGGCUGAAAGCGUGAACAAACAGCAUCACUUGCCCCAUAACCUCAGCCAUACAGAACGCAAUGCCAUCCACAGGCUCAGAAACAACUCUGACAUUAUAAUCAAAGGGGCUGACAAAGGAGGUGCUGUAGUCAUAAUGAACAGGUCAGAUUAUGAACAGGAGGCUGCCAGGCAACUCUCCAACACCACAUUCUACAGGCCACUAUCCUCUGACCCCACUGAGGAGUAGCAAAAGUAACUACACCAUCUGCUCAAGAAACUCCCUGCUACGGCACGGGAACAAAUCUACACGGACACAACCCCGGAGCCCCGACCAUGGGUAUUAUAUCCGCUACCCAAGAUCCAUAAACCUGGAAACCCUGGAUGCCCCAUCAUCUCGGCAUCGGCACUCCUACAGCAGGAUUAUCUGGCUAUUUGGACUCUCCUCAGACCCUAUGCUACUAGCACUCCUAGCUAUCUUUGAGACACCACCAACUUUCUGAGGAAAGUACAAUGCAUUGGUGAGCUUCCUGAAAACACCAUCCUGGCCACCAUGGAUGUAGAAGCUCUUUUAUACCAAUA